AACCUAGCACUACACCCUCGUGAUUACCCCGUGGAGCAGUUUCUGUAGGUCGUCGCUAGUCGGCACCAUACUCUCCCCUUCCGUUUACACAGCUACGCCUCUCUGGUAAAGCCUCCCUCCUCCUUACUGGUUGUAGUAAUUCAGUCACCGCUCCCUCGCUCAUCUUUCGUCUUUCGGCGUCUACCGGGAAGGACUGCCGCGCGUCAGGGCACCCAUCCCCUCGGUUUAAUAGCUUCGAGCCGCAGCUGGCAAUGACACUGGAACUGUGAGUGGGGAAUACACGACAAGACGCAAAUAUGACGGUGGACUUUGAAGAAUGUAUCAAGGAUUCUCCCCGUUUCAGGGCUGGCAUCGAUGAUGUCGAGACAGAUGUGGUGGAGAUUGAAGCAAAGCUGGACAAGCUGGUGAAGCUGUGCAGCGGGAUGAUCGAGGCAGGAAGGGCCUACGUCAGUGCCAACAAGCUCUUCGUUAACGGAAUCAAGGACCUCUCCCAGCAGUGCAAAGAAGAGAAGAUGAUCUCGGAAUGCCUUGAGAAGUGUGGAGAAAGCCUCCAGGAGAUCGUCAACUACCACAUGAUUUUGUUUGACCAGGCUCAGAGGUCAAUCAAACAGCAGCUUCACGCCUUUAUCAAAGACGAUGUACGCAAGUUCAAGGACACCAAGAAGCAGUUUGACCGCGUGCGAGAAGACAUGGAGCUGGCCCAGGUGAAGAACGCCCAGGCUCCCAGGAACAAGGUCCAUGAAGCAGAAGAGGCCACACAAGCCCUCAUUCUGAGCCGUAAAGCCUUCAGACACUUGGCCUUGGACUACGUCCUACAGAUCAAUGUGCUUCAGGCCAAGAAGAAGUUUGAAAUCCUGGAUGCGAUGCUGUCCUUCAUGCGUGCCCAGUACACUCUUUUCCAACAAGGCUUCAACAUCCUGGAUGAGAUCGACCCCUACAUGAAAAAGCUGGCGGCCCAGCUGGAUCAGCUGGUCAUCGACUCCGCCAUGGAGAAGAGGGAGCUGGAGCACAAACACGCCAUCAUCCAGCAGAGAACUCUGAUGCAGGACUUUUCCUACGAUGACCCCAAGUUGGAGUUCAACGUGGAUGCGCCCAAUGGCGUCGUCAUGGAGGGCUACCUCUUCAAGAGGGCCAGCAACGCUUUCAAGACCUGGAACAGGCGGUGGUUCUCCAUACAGAACAGCCAACUGGUUUACCAGAAGAAACUCAAGGACUCUUUGACUGUUGUGGUUGAGGACCUGAGGCUUUGCUCUGUCAAACCAUGUGAAGAUAACGAGAGGAGGUUCUGUUUCGAGGUGGUUUCACCCACUAAGAGCUGCAUGCUGCAAGCCGAAUCUGAGAAGUUGCGGCAGGCGUGGAUCCAAGCGGUCCAAGCAAGCAUUGCCUCGGCUUACAAGGACAUUGCUGACAAUUACUACAUUGAGCGCCUGGACCGGACGGCCUCACCCUCCACCAGCAGCAUCGACUCCGCCAGCGAGCCCAGAGACAGGGGGGAGAGGGUGGAUAAGGGAGUCCGCGGAGGAGGCGACGGCCUCCUUCAGCGAGUACAGAACCUCCCUGGCAACGAGCUGUGUUGUGACUGCGGCCAGGCGGCACCCUGCUGGGCUUCCAUCAAUCUUGGAGUGCUGCUGUGCAUCGAGUGCUCGGGAAUCCACAGGAGUCUUGGAGUCCAUUGCUCUAAAGUGCGUUCACUGACUCUUGACUCGUGGGAACCUGAACUACUCAAGUUGAUGUGCGAAUUAGGGAACACUGUCAUAAACCACAUUUACGAAGGAGCAUGCGAGGAACUCGGGGUGAAAAAACCUGGACCGUCCAGUCCGAGACAAGAGAAAGAAGCCUGGAUCAAGUCCAAAUACGUGGAGAAACGUUUCCUGAAGAAAAUGAGCGGGAGCGAGGCGUUGGUGGAAGGUGAAAGAAAGUCCCGACCUUGGACUGUGAAGAAGUGCCAGCGACACAACAGCUCGGUUCGAGCUCCGAACAAAGCUCGGCGGAAAUAUCAUCGCUACGAGCCCGGCAGCGCAUCGUACGCUAAUCUCUCAGCGGCAGCCGCAGCCAAGUUUCGCCGGGAUUCCCUGUUCUGUCCGGACGAACUGGACUCCCUCUUCUCGUACUUCGACACAGGCUCCGGUCCACGCAGCCCCGCAGGUCUGAGCAGCGAUAGCGGCCUGGGAGGAAGCACUGAUGGCAGCACUGAUAUCCUGGUCUUUGGCUCUGUGGUGGACAGCGUCACAGAAGAGGAAUCAGAGGAGUCCUCCAGCGGUGAGGUGGAAAUCGAACAAGAACUCCCUUCCGACCCCGAGGAUGUGAGAGAACUCCACCCCGGUGCGCUCCUCCACCGUUCCUCACGUCUGCAUAACCUCCCCCUGAUGGUGGAGGCGUUGGCGCACGGUGCGGAUGUCCACUCCGCCAGUGAGGAAGAGGAUGGAAAAACACCGCUCAUACAGGCAGUAUUGGGGGGGUCUCUGAUAGCGUGUGAGUUCCUGCUGCAGAACGGAGCCGAUGUCAACCAGAGGGACAUGAGGGGGCGGGGCCCGCUGCAUCACGCCACCUACCUGGGCCACACUGGCCAGGUGUGUCUGUUCCUGAAGAGAGGGGCGUCGCAGACGGAGGUGGAUGAGCAAGGUCACGACCCGCUCAGCAUUGCGGUCCAGGCUGCCAAUGCCGACAUCGUUACCCUCCUGCGUCUGGCCAGGAUGAACGAGGAGAUGCGAGAGGCGGAGGCCCCCCUGGGACAACCAGGUCAAUACCCCAGCAGCAGUCCCACAGAGCAGCAGUACAGGGUUACCAAGGGCAGGAGGAGGGUCAAAUCCAAGGAUGUUCGGGAUAGAGUGACAUCUCCUGUCUUGAUGUCUUUCGCGAGUUUUCUCUCCUCGCAUCUCUCCAGCCCGAGAAGUUGAGGAGAAAUUGAGGAGUAUCCGCUUCAGUCACUGCGACAAGAUUUAGGAACAGUUUAAGCUCAUCAGCAUCGUACCUGCACUUCAGCUUGGAAGAUACUUGACAUGCUGAGGUGGAAGCUAAGACCGUGUUCGUAUGCGUGUCAGAACGCUCUUCAAGCAUUACGUUUUAGACUACAAAGUCAUUCAGAAGUUAAAUGGACUGUUUUUAUUUCAAUUCAUAGCCAAUAGAACAAAUAAAUUGCCUCUCCCCUAAAUAAAUUUGUCAUUUUUUCAUUUGUUAUUUUAUUGACAUAUUUAGAUGUCUUGACCAUGAAAACAUAUGUGUUUGAAUGCUAACAAUGCUAGCAUGCUAACAUUAACAUGUACCAAGCAUAAUAGCGCUGUUUAUCUAAGUGCCUACCUCUUAAAAUGCAAAAUUGACUAUAAUUAUGUUGGCAUGCUAACAUGCUAACACAUAUCAUGAUAGGUGAUAAGGGUCUACUUAAGUCAUUCAUGAAAAUAAAAAAAUGCUUGUAUGCUAGAAAUGCUAACAUGCUAAUGUUUGCAAGCUAACGCCCAGCAUAAUAGUGUCUACCUACAAAAAUACCUAAAAAUGCUACAUUUGUGUCAACAAUGCUAGCAUGCUAACAUUAGCAUGUACCAAACAUAAUAGUAUUGUUUAUCUAAGUGCCUACCUCUUAAAAUGCUAAAUUUACUAUAAUUAUGUUGGCAUGCUAACAUGCUAACACAUAUCAUGAUAGGUGAUAAUGGUCUACUUAAGUCAUUCAUGAAAAUAAAAAAAUGCUCGUAUGCUAGAAAUGCUAACAUGCUAAUGUUUGCAAGCUAACGCCCAACAUAAUAGUGUCUACCUAUAAAAAUACCUAAAAAUGCUACAUUUGUGUUAACAAUGCUAGCAUGCUAACAUUAGCAUGUACCAAACAUAAUAG